AAUCCGAGGCCGGCGCCUCAGUGGAGAGGCGACGAGGGCGGUGUGGGUCUCGCCAUGGGCUCCAUGGGGAUGCAGGUGCUGGGCAUUGCCUUGUCGGUCCUGGGCUGGCUGGGGUCCAUCCUCUGCUGCGGCCUGCCCAUGUGGCGGGUCACGGCCUUCAUCGGGAGCAACAUCGUGGUGGCCCAGAUCAUCUGGGACGGGCUGUGGAUGACCUGCGUGGUCCAGAGCACCGGGCAGAUGCAGUGCAAGGUCUACGAGUCCACGCUGGCCAUGUCUCAGGACAUGCAGGCCGCCCGAGCCUUGGUGAUCAUCUCCAUCCUGCUGGUGGUGCUGGGCCUGGGCUUGGCGGUCAUGGGCGGCAAGUGCACCAACUGCGUGGAGGACGAGGCCACCAAGGCCAAGAUCGUCAUCGCCGCCGGCGUGGUCUUCAUCAUCUCCGGGGUGCUGCUCCUCAUCCCCUUGUGCUGGACGGCCAACAACGUCAUCCGGGACUUCUACAACCCCAUGGUGGUGGAGAGCCAGAAGCGGGAGUUCGGGCCAUCGCUCUACAUUGGCUGGGCCUCCGUCGGGCUCCUCUUCAUCGGAGGGGCGAUUCUCUGCUGCAACUGCCCACCCAGGAACGAGAAGCCCUACUCUGCCAAGUACACCGCCACCCGCUCCAUGCCCGCCAGCAACUACGUCUAGCGGGGGCCGAAUGUGGGGCCGUCGAGACACCACCCGAGCUCUCCUGACAGAGGCACAUCCAGCCUCGGCUUAAAGACCUCCUGGGAAGGACAUUUCAAUGGGCUCUAAGGCGAUUCAUAUUCUGCUAGAGUUGGACUCCUAAAGGCCACCCAGUCUAACCAUGGAUUGGAAGACACCAUCCAAGACCUACCAACAGAGGGACAUCUACAAAAGGUGACUCCACCAGACUCCAAGGGGACUCCAAGGAGACUCCAAGGCAAUCUAUACCUUUCUAGAGUGGGGAGGGACUCCCAAAGACCAUCCAGACCAACCCUGGAUUGGAAGACACCAUCCAAGACCUACCAACAGAUGGACAUCUGCAAAAGGAGACUCCACCAGACUUCAAGGGGACUCCAAGGAGAUUCCAAGGUGAUCUAUAUCUUACCGAAGCUGGGUCUCCCAAAAGCCAUCCAGUCUAACCAUGAAGUCACCAUCCAAGUCCUCCCAACACAUGGACACCUACAAAAGGAGACUCCACCAGACUCCAAGGAGACUCCAAGGCAAUCUAUAUCUUUCUAGAGUGGGGAAGGACUCCCAAAGACCAUCCAGACCAACCCUGGAUUGGAAGACACCAUUCAAGACCUACCAACAGAUGGACAUCUACAAAAAGAGACUCCAAGGCAAUCUAUAUCUUUCUAGAGUUAGGAGGGACUCUCAAAGGCCAUCCAGUCCAACCAUGGAUUGGAAAACACCAUCCAAGCCAUCCCAACAGAUGGACAUCUACAAAAGGAGACUCCUCUGGACUCCAAGGACACUCCAAGGCAAUCUAUAUCUUUCCAGUCCAACCUUGGAGUGAAAGACACCAUCCAAGCACUCCCAACAGAUGGACACUGAGAAAAGGAGACUCCACCAGACUCCAUAUUCCACUAGAAUUGGGAGGGACUCCCAAAGGACACCCAGUCUAACCAUGGAUUGAAAAACACCAUCCAAGCCGUCCCAACAGAUGGACAUCUACAAAUGGAGACUCCUCCAGACUCCAAGGACACUCCAAGGCAAUCUAUAUCUUUCUAGAGGAACUUCCAAAGCCCAUCCAGUCCAACCUUGGAGUGAAAGGCACCAUCCAAGCUCUCCCAACAGAUGGACAUCUACAAAAGGGGAUUCUACUGGACUCCAAGGAGACUCCAAGGCAAUCUAUAUCCCACUAGAGUUGGGAGGGACUCCCAAAGGCCAUCCAGUCCAACCCCUUUAUGUAUGUAUGUAUGUAUGUAUGUUUGUAUGCGUCUGUCUGUCUCUCUAUCAUAGAACUCUAGCGUUGGAAGAGUCCCCACAAACAAGAGUUGGGAGGGACUCCCAAGGGCCAUCCAGUCCAACCCUGGAUUGGAAGACACCAUCCAAGCCCUCCUGACAGAUGAACAUCUAGAAAAGGAGACUCCACUAGAAUUCAAGGCAAUCUAUAUCCCAUUAGAGUCGGGAUGCAUCCCCAAAGGUCAUCCAGUCCAACCCUGGAUUGGAAGACACCAUCCGAGCCCUCCUGACAGAUGGUCACCCAACCUCCAAGCCAUCUCAACCUCUGACUGUCAAACAACUCUUACCCUCUGAUGUUGCUUGUUGCCAUGUUGGAGGAAGUAACUUUCUUUCCGUUUGCAGUGUUACACAUUGUUACUUGUUUCCUUGUUGUUGGAGGUGGGGGAGUAACUUGUUACAUUCCGUAUGUGACACAUUGUUACUUGGAAAAAGUAACUUGUUAUGUCUGCAAUGUAACCCAUUGCUAUUUGUUUACAAAGUUGGAGGAAGCUGCUUGUUAUGUUUGCAGUGUAACAUCUCGCUAUUGCUUGGAGGAAGUUAUUAAUGAGCAAAAGGGCAAUCCUCUUCUCUACCUUCAUCUGAGUAAGUAAAUGGAGCACAAUUGCUUCAACUGGGAGUAUCUAAUUGUCAUGUAAUACAGUGCAUAUUUUACUUUGCUGUUCCAAAAUAUACAUGAUAUUGCAUUAAAUGAAGCAACACAGUGCAUAUGUUAAUUUGAAGUUAGGUUUGCAGCAGCGGAGGUCAGCUGAGGACCAAGGAGGAGGCAAGAGAAACCGGGACACUUUUUGAAAUGGGGCUGCAAAGGAGUAAUGCUAUGCCAAAAUAUGCAUUAUAUCCAUGACUCCCAGUUAAAGCAAUCCUUGAGCUCUCAAUUUCUUCCUCUGGGAGCAAUUUUGAGUCCGGAGUCAUCCAUACUAGCCGGGUUUUGAAACCAGAGUGGAGUUUCAGGUCUGGCAAGAAUGAAACUUAGUAGUUGCAAAGGGCUUGGUUUGGGUGCCUUCCUCCUUUACGCAACUCCAGCUGCCAGAGCGGGGCAAAGUUACCCUUUUUCUUCAGACUACAGGUCCCAGAAUCCCUUACCAGCCUGGGAGUUGUAGUCUGGGAACAAAAGGGUCCCUUUGCCCCGCUCUGGAUAGGAUGCAAGUGAUCUUUAGGGUUGUUGCGUAUGUAUAUCUGUGCAGUUCCUUUGCCAUUCAUUCUGUUUGAGCAUCGAAUCCCUUCCCUAUUUUUCAGUCCAGUUUUUCCAGGUUAUUGUUUUUAUAUCUAUAUAUAAAUAAAUGCACCUCUAAAACCA